UUGAAGUCACGUAGGUGGCAAGUGGCCUCAAAGUUGGCUAGCUGGUUUCGUUGCUUAUAAAAAAAAAAAGCAGGCGCAUAAUUGUCUGGUUGUUGUGUUGUGGUGGAAAUGCAGCCUGUCAGAGGAACCAGUUGGACAGAACAGGUGGCUGGGACAUGUGUCGGCUUGGUCUGCGAAAGUGUUCAUUAGAAAGAGAGUUUGGACGGCAUGCAAAGUGGUGAUACAUCGGCAGAGAGUACGGAUGACCCCCUUAGUAGUGGCCCACGAGGAGCACGACAGCCGCGAAUAGUAGUGAUCGGAGCGGGCCUUGCUGGCCUCUCGGCAGCCAAAACCCUCCUAGAAAACGGAUUCACGGAUGUGACAGUUCUCGAAGCGUCGGAUCGAAUCGGAGGCAGAGUCCAAAGCGUGAAACUCGCGAACGCGACUUUUGAACUGGGAGCGACGUGGAUCCACGGCUCGCAUGGAAACCCCGUCUAUCAUCUAGCAGAAGACAAUGGCUUGCUCGAGGAGACGACCGAGGAUGAGCGGAGCUUGGGCCGCAUCAGCCUCUACUCCCGCAAUGGGGUCGCCUACCACCUCACCAGUGGCGGGCAGAGGAUCCCGAAAGACGUGGUUGAAGAAUUCAGCGAUUUAUACAACGAGGUCUAUAACCUGACUCAGGAGUUCUUCCAGAAUGGUAAACCAGUCAAUGCCGACAGCAAGAAUAGCGUGGGGAUCUUCACGCGAGAUGUCGUGCGUAAACGCGUCAAGGCCGAUCAAGACGACUCGGAGACGAUCAAGAAGCUGAAGCUCGCCAUGAUCCAGCAAUACCUGAAAGUGGAAAGUUGUGAGAGCAGCUCUCACAGCAUGGACGAAGUCUCUCUCAGCGAAUUUGGAGAGUGGACCGAGAUCCCCGGAGCCCACCACAUCAUCCCGUGUGGCUUCAUGAAAAUUGUGGAGAUCCUCUCCCGCUCCAUCCCAGAGUCCGUCGUCCACCUGAACAAGCCGGUCAAAUGUAUCCACUGGAACCAGUCCAUCAGCAAGGAGAUCGAGCAGGUGGCUGAUCACAACGAAGAGCGCCUGGAGGACAACGCAGGCUACAGCGUCCUGGUGGAGUGCGACGACUGCGAGCUCAUCUUGGCUGACCACGUCAUCGUGACGGUCUCCUUGGGGGUCCUGAAGAAGCGCCACGAGGAGAUGUUCUACCCGCCGUUGCCCGAAGAGAAGGUGCUGGCCAUCCAGAAGUUGGGCAUUAGCACCACCGAUAAGAUCUUCCUGGAAUUUGAGGCGCCUUUCUGGAGCCCCGAAUGCAACAGCAUUCAGUUCGUUUGGGAAGAUGAGGCGGAGGCCGAGAGCCUCACCUAUCCGGAAGAGCUGUGGUACAAGAAGAUCUGCAGCUUUGACGUCCUCUACCCGCCGGAGCGUUACGGCCAUGUCUUGAGUGGCUGGAUCUGCGGCGAGGAGGCCCUCAUCAUGGAGAAGUACGACGACGAAACGGUCGCAGAGAUCUGCACUGAGAUGCUUCGCAAAUUUACAGGGAAUCCAGACAUUCCGAAACCUCGGCGGAUCCUUCGAUCCUCUUGGGGCAGCAACCCCUAUUUCCGUGGUUCUUACUCUUACACGCAAGUUGGGUCGAGCGGAGCAGACGUGGAGAAACUUGCGAAACCCUUGCCUUACACAGAGAGUUCCAAAACUGUGCCUAAACAGGUGAUGUUUUCAGGCGAGGCAACGCACAGGAAGUACUACUCCACCACCCAUGGUGCUUUGCUGUCUGGCCAGAGAGAGGCGGCUUAUCUGACCGAAAUGUACCAAGAUCUUCUGUCCUGCAAGAAUUAAGAGAAACAGGAUCUGCGGAAGACAUUUUAACUUUUAAUUCCUUUUACUGUUGUGCAUCUAAACUGGGAAUCCCCAAACAUGGCCGCUUUAAGAUUUGUGGACUUCAACUCCCAGAAUUCCUCUGGCUGAAGAAUUCUGGGAGCUGAAGUCCACAAGUCUUAAAGGGGCCAAGUUUGGAGACCUCUGGAUUCUAAACCAAAUUUUCCUUUUCCUCUCGUUUUUUUUUUUUUAAAAAAACAGCCGAUCCUAGAAACAUUUUUAUCUUUUGAUAUGACCAAAACUAGUUUUCGCUAUUUUAACCCCCUAGUUGGUGGAACAUCGUUUUGUUUUCCCCGUUAGUGUAUCGUUAACAGGAAAGGCUGCUCCUUUGGCCUGGGCAGAAGUGGAUUUCUCUUGUCCGGCCUUUUCUCACUUCUGGGAAAGAUUUCUCUCCGUCUCUUCUUUCUUUCUUUCUUUCUUUCUUUCUUUCUUUCUUUCUUUCUUUCUUUCUUUCUUUCUUU